GCAUGUAGUUGGGAGAAGAUGGAAGUUGACAGCAUUUUAUGAAAUAAUUAGUUACUUUCUCAUAAAAUCAAUUAAAAUGGCACUUGAGGAUCCUUUCUUUGUUGUAAAAGAGGAGGUACAGAAGGCAUUGCAGACUUCAAAAAAUCUCUACACACGAUGGUGUGAGCUGGCUGAUGCCCCAAAUCUUGUGUCCGUGGAAGAGUACAACUGGACAACAAAUGAACUUAGAAAUAGUUUACGCAGUAUAGAAUGGGAUCUGGAAGAUUUAGAAGAAACUAUUGGUAUUGUUGAGAAAAAUCCACGCAAGUUUAGAAUAGAAGUUUCGGAGCUGAAAGAAAGGAGAGAGUUUAUAGAAAGAACCAAAGCAGCCGUUAGGGAGAUGAAAUCACAGAUGACGAGUCCCCAGUCACGAACCACAGAAGAAUCUAAUGUCAGACAGUCAUUGUUGAAUUCUAACAGUCCCACAAAAUCCUACGACAAAUACUCGAGGUUAGAUGCCGAGAUGGAACGUUCUCAUCAGAGCUUUAUAGAUGAUACAACACAAAAUCAACAGCUGAUUAUAAAAGAUCAAGAUGACCAGUUGGAUAUGAGAUCCAGUGUUGGUGCACUGAAAAAUAUGAGCCAUCAAAUAGGCAACGAAUUAGAGGAACAGAAUAGAAUGUUAGAUGAUUUUCACCAUGAAAUGGACAAGACAGAAUCCAGAAUGGACACUGUGAUGAAGAAAAUGGCCAAAGUUUUACAUAUGUCUUCAGAUAAGCGACAAUGUUGUGCAAUCGGAGUGCUACUAGUGAUUUUACUGAUAGUCGUCAUUUUGCUCAUCGUGUUAUGAAUCUCCUGUCAUGCUCACAUAACUUGUUGUCUCGUCAUCACACAGAUGUAGUUCCCAUAUGCCAUUCACACAGAUCGCGCUCCUACAGCUUAUGUGCACACGGUUAAUGCUCUCACGGCUCUUUAUUUCACCAUGAUGGAAAAAGACAUAAUUCAAUCAGUUAUAAAACUGUGUUCCAGAACAAGUCUUUGGAAGAAGCGCAAGUCAACCUCUGGCCAAUUUCACGAUUGAGCACAGAAUCAACCAAUCAGAUGCUGGUGUUUUGAGACUGGUCUUCAUUGGAACACAAUAUUUAAGUCGCAUAGAUUUUAAAACAGAGUUUUGUGUUAAAACUCAUAUUCCAAGAUACCUUUUAGUUUUUAUCACUAAAACAUGGUUUGAAGAUUAUAAAACUGAGUUUGGAGACCAAUCUCAAAUACUGCCCUGUCAUUGGCUGAUUUUAAAGGUGUGCUCAGAGACAGCCAAUCAGGUCUCAGAGUGUUUAGACUUGUCUCCAAACUUAAUUUUAUAAACCUGUAACUGGUAUUUUUAUGUCAGCGGAGGGUCUUCUUACAAAAGGAUUCAUUACCUUGACCAUAACAGUUACAAGGUCAUUACUGUAUAAACUGAUCUGUAUCUGUUAAGUGAUUUUAUUCAAUUACAAGUUGUAAUUUUUGAUACCAAAGAUUUGCUUGUUAAGGGUAUUUUAGCAUUAUAGAAUUGUUCGGUUUGCUUGAAGAUAAACUUCGAGCCAGUUAUUUCUGGAAUGAGGUUGUACUGAAGUUUGACAUUAUGAUACUUUUUGUUGCCCCCACCCCCACCCAUCCCCAAUUUUUUUUUUAUUGGGGUCGGGGGGAGGGAGAAACCCUUCUUUAUUCCUUCUUUAGGUAGUUCUUUUGUUCAUUUCAAUUUUUUUUCCAUCUAUGUGAGAUUUGAUCAGACUCUGAUUUUUUCAGUCAUCAUAGUAUGCUAAAAAAGUAAGUCAGUGAAAAUGGUAGGAUUGUAUGCUUGAUUGAAAAGAAAAGAAGUCCUCAAGAAAGAUUUCAGUAUUGGAGUUUACGGGAAAAUCGUAAGUGUGUGACAUCUUCUUAAAGUUGUAAAUUUACACAUUUUCCUGUCAUGUCAUCCAUUUGAAUUUAUGAGUCUGAUGUGUUUAAUUUUGAAAAAUAUAACCAUUUUGAUGGGGUAUCAUGCAUUUGAAGUUGAUUUUGAAAAACUGUUUGGAAUAGUUACAAGUGUAAAUACUUUUGUUAAAAUAUUGAAUCAGUUUGAUUGCAUAAUCAGGUGUCACAAGUAAUUUAUUCUUGCAAUAUUUUUAAAUUCCUGAAUACCUGACAGUUUUUAUUCUAAGUUAAAUGAUAUAACAACAUGCAGAACAAGCCAGCAUUUUGAAAAAAACGAGUUUGUUUAGUUUCCAGUUAAAAAAAACAAGUUUGGAGACCAGUCUGAGUAUACAGUCUUGCCAUUGGUCAAAUUGAAGAUUGUAUUCUUGAACAGCCAAUCAGAUUCUAGUAUUUAUAGGCUGGUUUUUAACCUUCACCCUGCUAAAUUUCUAAAAAAUGGGCUGGUCUGUCAUUUAAUUUGGGCAGUUCCAUUUACUAUUAAAAGGAGUAUUCACUGAAAAUUUACAGACUGAAUAGCAAACAGUGCAGACCAUGAUCAGCCUGUAUGGAUGUGCAGGCUGAUCUUGGUCUGCACUGGUCGGAAAAGCAGAAUCACCUGCCAUUAGCAGGCUAAAGAUAAAACUUGUUUUUAAUUGUAUGCUCAUUCUCAUUAAUAAUUAAAAGUCCUUAUAUCUAUACAAUUAUUUUACCAUUAAUUUGAUGUUUUGUGUGUGUAUUGUGUAAAGGCGGCCAGUAAGCUAUACAUGUACUUCCUAUUCAUUUUCUCAGUUGUUGAUGCACAGAUGCUAAAAUAUUUAUUCCUGCCCUUGAAAGAAUAGAGGGCAUUUUGUUUUGUUCAUGUUGGUCGAUCUUUCAGUAGGCCAUUUGGUUUCUGAUCAACAAAUAGAGAACACACGGGUCUGCAAUGGUCAGACUUGAAACUUUAUAGCAUGACUGCUCAUGGUCAUUAGAUGACCCCUAUAGUUAUUGUGUUCCGUAGGUGAAGGUCAUGGUGACUUUAAGACUAGAAAUGUCUUCUGAUCAAUGACUUAAAUAUACAUCAGCCAGGAAUGUAAAAUCUUCUUGGUUGAUUGUCUUUGUUGAGAAGAUGACUGUUUAAAGGGAAAUUUUGUCGAAGGUGAAGGUCACAGUGACAUAUAGACAAAAAACGUGGUUUCUGAUCAUUUGCUGGAGAACUCUUGGGUCUACAGUCAUAAAACUUCAUAACAUGAUUGUAUGACUUCAGCAGAAUGACCUAAUACCUUUUUAGAGAAUAAGGUGAAAGAUCAAGGUGACAGAAUAUUACACACCAGUUACUUCUGACUAUGUGGUGCAUAUGUAUUUUACACACAGCUAAUGUUAUGUAGCUAUGUUUAUUUAUUUCAGUGUGUUUUUGUAUUCUAUAAUUGUAUGUUUCGUCAAUGUAUGUGACAAUAGAGCACUUUAAACAAAUUAUAAGCGUGAAUUCAAUUGGAUUCCGAAGUAUUUCCUCGAUGUAGAAAAAUGAAAAAUAUACAUUCCACUGAAUUUUUUUUAACUGACUACAAUGCAAUUCUAAAUCUUAUUCAGAAAACAGUUAUAAGCUCAAUCAUGAUUGACCCAUUUCUUUACCAUCACAAUUUGGUCAAAGAAUAUUAACAGUAACUGUUGUGCACGAGUUAGUACUGCUGCAGAGUACACUGGUUACUGUUUGAACCAUGUAAUUCUUUUCUGUAUCAGUGUUUUACUUAAACUGUGGCUUUAUUUUGAAAGGUCAAGAUUUAAUCUGUAUGCCAUUUUAAAGGUCUGCAAAGGUGGUAGUAGGAUCUUUUUAUAUUUCUUAGAUCUAUAAAAUUAUAAGCGAUAAUGUGAAAAAAAAUGUAUUUUCCCAGUGUAAAAAUCAGGCGAAAUCACAAUUAAAUCACAAUUUGAAAACAACAAGAAAUUUUACAACACUUUUGCAUGGAAAUGUUGCAUUUAUGCCAGCUUAACUAUCCUGAGUGUUUAAUAAGAACAAAUUUACAAAUGAAGUUGAUACCGAUUCUUUUUCUUGCAAAAAAAAAAAAAAAAAAAAUACAAAAGGUGUUGUUUUGAUGAUUAAUUCAAAACUAAUCAAGGUAUUUUGAAAUUUACAAAUUCCUAUUGCCACCCGCAGAGAAUAAGAAUAAGUUUUUAGAAUAAUAAUUACAUCAAUGGUAGUACCUUUAUAUAUUUAAGAGAAAAAAACCCCUAAAAACGGAAAGCUUAAAGAUGGAUCAAGCAGUAGAAUUAUUAACUGCCUUUAUAAUGACAUAAAUAAUAUUAAUAAUGGCAAUAAUCAUGUAUUAGAUAAAUAAACAAAGCAACUGUGUUGACAGCUUUUUUAUAGAUUUCUUACAGUCAGUAAAUUGCUUCUAGAAUUGCGUAAAUACCUCCGCUACAGCUUAAUCAGUACACUGUUGUCAGGAGACUACAAUAUACAUAUCACCAUUGAUUUCUGUGUGUAUUCAAUAUUCAUCAAGUUUAAAAAAAUUAUGAAAUAUUCUACAAUCCUGUUGACAUGACUAUUUUCCCGUAUUAUUAAGAUGUUAUAUUUUAUAAUGAUUGUUGUGUGACAGAUUUUUACUGUUUAAUACCCCAGUCACACAUGUGGUGCGGAAAGCUACGUCUAGCCACGAAUAGAAACGUAGUUAUCCUUAUCACUCCGUACCUGAGCUGUACCUUAAAGUAGUAAUCCGUAUCAAACCGUACCAAUCCAUAUGGCUCCGGUAUGGAUCGAUACGGAUUACUACCUUUCUAUCCGUGGCUAGACAUAGCUAUUCACGCUGUAUGUGUGACUGGGGUAUUAUACAUUCAGUGUAAAAGUGUAUGCAAUGAAAAUAUUAUCAUGUUGUAUUGGAAAAUAUGUACUGGAGGGCAUGCUGUUCAAAAACAGUGUUUUUUUACAUGACAUCAGAAAUAAUUCAUAAUGUUGUAUUUUAAGGUUUUAAUUUCAUCCCGGAAAUAUUUGUUGUUGAACAGUAGACGAGUUAAUAGCACAGACUUACAUUGCAAUUUAAUCGAAGGAGUUCUUUAAUAUUUCUGCUCCAGAACCCAUGCAUAUUUUGCAAUACAUCUAUUCUUAAAACCUGUUAUUGAAAGAUCUAUUAUAAUUAUCAUGAUAAAUUGUGUUAUGUUGUAUUGGUAUUUUUAUGGUUGAGAAAUGAGAAAUGUCACAAAUUAAAAAGUGCCAUUUUUGUGUUUUAUUAAUAUAAUAUAAAGCUCGUGGUUGCUGAUGAAGUGUAUUUUGAAUUUGUUUUUUUCACUGACCUAUGUUUCUGUUACACUAAACUUUUUUUAAGUCUCAUUGAUCAAACUUAAAGUAAAUUAUGAACAGUAUAAAAAAUUAUGUGUGUUCAUAAUUUUGUUAUGGGUUUUUCUGUCCAUCUAUUUGUUUCAAAACUGUGUCAGCUUCUUGACUUUUUUACACCCAUUGAAGGAUUUUCUAAUAACUUAGCACACAUGUUUACUUACCAUAGACAGACAAUGUGUAGAAUGCAUCUUUCAGUCAUAUAAGUUCAAGGUUGUAUGGUUAUAACAAAGGUUAGAUAGGUAGUAUUUCAUGUCCACUCUUGUUUCUUGUAUAUCCCAAAAAAGAUUUUCAAGAAACUUGGUACAAAUGUUUGCCUUCAAGAAGCAACCUUUCCCAAGACAUCACUUUGUCCUAUGGGCAAAUGAUAUAUAUCCUAUCACCUUUCAGUUAUAUAAAAAUGAAGCAGUAUUGACAUAUUUUGUUUCAGACUCAAUCUAUAUGGAUGUUUGCUUUCAGCAUUAGUUCCAGAGGGAAACACAUGAAUUAUAUUAACUGAAACAAAAGAAUUUGUGUUUUUGAAUGGUUGAUGUCACAAAUGAUCUGAGUGGUUGAAUGUUUAGAUAAGAUUUAUUCUUUAUAAGAAACUUGAAGUCUAUUAUGAUUAAAAUCUACAUUGUGCCAUGCAUUGUACUGUAGAGUCAAACAUAAAAUUUUGCUUGAAUGUUAUGUUUGAGAUAGCUGAAAUAGUUUUUGUACACUGAAAAAAUAUGUGACAUUGAAAUCCCUCUGAAAUGAACAGCUGCCAGACUAAAGUUAAGUUUUGAUGAGUUUUGUCUUUAGAAUACAUGAUAUGUAGCAAAAUAGUACUGAAAAGUCAACUAAAAACAUUUCAGAUUCUGUAUCAUGGAAUGAUGACUUUAUCCAUUUAUAGCCAUCUGUAAGCUAUUUCUGCGAAUGUCUGCUUAGCCCUAGCAGUAGGUAGAGUAUGGAUCCUGGGGUUAUAAGUUAGAUACAUGAAAGAGGCUUAUUUUCUCAACGACAAUUUGAUAAAAGACAUUGUAUCUGAAAUCAUUCUUCUCCACCUUUGAUUCAUGUGGAGAAGUUGGCAGUCACUUGCAGAGAACAUGUUUGUACUUGUACAGAACACUGGUUAGGUUAACGGUCGCCGUUACCUAACUGAAAUACUGUUGAAAAACAGAAUUAAACCCAAAGCAAAUGAACAGACAAAUUGUUGUGAUAAAAGGAAAGUGUCAAGUCAGAUUUCCAUUAAGAUCGUUCUUAAUUCAGGGGUAAUUUUGAGUUGCUAUACUGAGUUUGAGUCUGAAAAGUUGUUUGGUUUCGGAAAAGAUGGUAUCCUCUACACCGAUAUUUUUCUAAUGAAAUAAAGCAGGAAAGAAUUUAGGUCCACAAAAUUUUUUUCAGUUUGGAGGAUUUUUAGCAUAUAGUGUUCUUGCCUUUUUAAAAUAAAAACAGAUGUAUAGGGAUAAAAUAUUUUCAUGUAAUGAUCUAUGUAUUUUUUUAUUAAAAAAUAUAAAAAAAUAUGUUGAUUUUUUUGUGGGGGCAGGGAAGAGGGGGGAUACAAUUUAAAAAAUAUUUUGAACUUAAGUUAUCUAUUUUCUGUGUGAUUUAACUGAUACAUGCAUUGAAAAUAUAUGUUCAUGUAUAUAAAUAGACAUAUAAUGUAGAAAUAAUAAUGUUGAAAAAGAAUACAGUUUAAAAAAGAUUCUGAAGAGGGACCAGUGCCAAAGUAAAGUCAUCUUUUAGCUCGCUAAUUUAUCAGUCUGAAAUACAAGUGAAUUUUCAUUAUUUUUAAUCUGUAAUCUAAUAUCUAUAAAAAAUAAACAGCAGUAGUCUCAAAAACAUUGCAACUGUAAUAUAUCUGUACAAUGCUCUCAAUGUAUCUUUGAUGAUUGUUUUACUGUAAAAUUAUUUGAUUUCACGGGCCUAGAAUUUUGAAGUUUGGAACAAAAGGGUCAUUUCAUGGGGAUAUGAAUUCAUGGAUUUCAAAUUUUGAAUAUAAAGUGAGUAAAAAUUUCACUUGUUCAUUGGAAUUUAAUUUUGCAGACUCAUGAAAAUGCACAAAAAUUAACCCACCAUAUUAAAAUGAUUUCGCAAUAUUACAACUCUUAUAAUUAUAGAAAUUCUCAAGCAAAAGGUGAUUUUAUUUUGGCAAAAUUUAUAUAUUUUUAAAUCUUAUGCACUUGGUCUUGUUUUGUCACAAAAUCAUGAUUUAAAAAUGUUACAUUUUGUCAUGUAGUUUUAAACGUUACUUGUGAUAUUUUUAUUUAAGAAAAAAAUUUCAACCAUUUGAAUCAUUGAAGUAAAUAUUUCGGAGGAAAUAAAAUUAUUGAACAUAA